CGUCUACUUAGCAGUACUGUUUACUUUGUCGCUUCCUCCUCUUUCCUGUGUUAUAAAAGCGGAGCGUGCGCACACCUCGCUGUUCACCUGAUUUGAUCGCAGGCUGAAAAUGGACCCGCUCACCGUGCUGCCAUCCAACUUCGGAUAUGUUAUCCUCACGUACCUGUACAGCUGGAUCAUGCUGGGGUAUUUGGCAGUUAAGGUUGGGGGAGCCAGAAAGAAGUACAACGUGAAAUAUCCCACCAUGUACAGCGACAAGGAGCAAGUCUUUAACUGCAUCCAGAGGGCGCAUCAGAACACCCUGGAAGUGUACCCUCAGUGGCUGGUUUUCCAGACCAUCGCAGCUCUUGUUUACCCGCUGUCAGCAUCUGUCUUGGGGGAUAUUUGGGUGACCAGCAGGUUUUCCUAUGCCUGGGGCUACUACACAGGAGAUCCUGCCAAGAGGAUGAACGGUGCUUACGGCUACAUUGGCUAUUUCGGAGUCAUCAUUCUCUCCAUAUCUGUUGCCCUGCAGCUGCUCGGCUUCCUCUAAGAUGACUGUCAUCUUGUGUUUGCCCAUCUUACUGAAGAAUCUGCUCGUGUAUAGUGAACAAUAUUGCAUCUUAACAAAACUAUGCUAUAAACUGUCUAUAUACGACUUAAAACCUUUUUUAUGAACCACUAACCUGAUAUUCUGAUAUUUCUGUGACUAUAUACUCCAUGUAAUCAAAAUUCUACAAUAGUCAUCAAUAAAGUAAAUGCUGUCUGAUGGUGCAGCCUUAAAUGGA